AUGGGCUGCGGCGCAGCCACAGCUUCAAAGUCCGCAGCGGUAGCUCCCGACAAGAAGGUUGAAAAGCUGCAGCGAGGCGGCAUCAAGCUACUGGAGUUCAAGGUCAAAGGCAGCAAGCCAGGAAGAGAAUUUUCUGCAGAGAUCUCUUUGCUUGGCGGCGGUGUGUCUGCGGCCGCUCAAUUUGCGAAAAAAGAGCAUUUGCCCAUUGACUGGCAGCACUACUCAGUGUACGCUGCAAAGGUGGUCUUCGAGUAUCACAAUGACCAGGGACAAGGAUCCGACAUCCACAUUGACCCUGCCAUGGGAGUGCGCCUCCUAGGCGAAGAUGUCCUACCAAAUGCAGAACUUCUCGGAUGUGGUUGGGCUCCCGACAACCCGAGAUGGCAGAGCCUUCGGGAGGGUGGAAACAUGGCCUGGAAAGGACGGUAUGAGAUGAGCACCCCAGUGGCGAUGGAGACCUGCAGCCAGCGGCAGCUGCUGGAAUUCAAGGUCAAAGGUUCUUCGCCUGGCAGACAGUUCUCCGCAUACUUGGUGUUGCAGGAUGGAGUGGGCCGGAGAAUAGGCGAGUUCACAUUGUUGAAAAAGGUUGCCCUGCCACUGGAGAUGCAGACGUUUUCGUUUGAGGUGGAGCAGGUCGCCUUUAUGUACCACAAUGAUCAGGGAGAAGGAUUCGACAUCCGCAUUGACCCUGCAAUGGGAGUGCGCCUCCUCGGCGAAGAUGUCCUGCCAAGUGCAGCCCUUCUCGGAUGUGGUUGGGCUCCCGACAACCCCAGAUGGCAGCGCCUUCGGGAGGGCGGAAACAUGGCCUGGAAGGGAACGUAUGAGAUGAGACCUGCUUCAAGCGAAAUGCAAGGAGGUUCAGCGCCGGUGCCUGACGACGUGGCACGGAACUUCCUGAAGGCGCUGGAUGAGGAGUACGUCCAGGGCGCCGGCGCGAAGGUGGGUGAGUUCUUCGAACGCGAAGGGCACGAGGAGACCCUGCUUCCCUUCGAGGAGUCGGUGCGGGCCGCCGAGGGCAAGCGGGCCGCCAUUGAGGCGAUCGCCCAGAGCUGGGGCUUCGAGUGCCCCUGA